AUGUCGAAGUGGCUGAAUGAGUACGUGGCCACCCUUGAGACUUCAAAUUCAGCAGAAAAUGAAGCGAAUAGCUCAGUUUUCAGUCCAAUUACCGAUGUCAACAACGAUGACAGCGCAAAUGCCACCUCAUUACAGCACAAUACAACGUCAGGGCACUGGCAGAAUACAAUUCCAGUAUUGAUUGUAGGAGCAGCCGCACUGAUAGUGACCGGUAUUGCUGUCUUCAUGUAUCUACGACAACGUUCAGAGAAGCGAAAAGCCGAGCUGCAGAAUUCAGGAGCAAACCGGUUAAGUAUGAGCAGUACCCAGAGCAGCACUCAGAGCAGCCGUGCAACCCGAAAGCCUCACAAGAACCCGCUAAUUGAUAGAGAAGAUAUCUUCGGAAAUCCACACGACUGCAUCCAGAUAUUAACGUCGUCGCCUCUCACAUUAUCGCACACUGGAACAGCGGAAAGUCAUUCAUCUGAAAGUCCCAAACCGGAUAACCCCAAGGACUCCGAUGUACUGAAUACUUUGACGAAUGAUCCGCACUUGAAGCACGCGCAGAUCCCCUUUGAUCGCCUACAAUUCCAUCAUCUGAUAGCCCGAGGCACUCAUGAAGUGUGGCUCUGUGUACUGCGAGAUCGCUGCGUUGCUGUCAAACGAUUAUCCAAGGAGGAACGGAAAAAUCUGGAUGAAGUACGCGCGUUUAUCAAGACUAUACGACUCAGUGCGCUGUUGCAACACCCGAGCAUCUUGAGUUUCGUUGGUGUCGCGUGGAGCUCGAUGCGGAAUCUGUGUCUUGUGAUGGAAUAUCUGGAACUAGGAGAUCUCCAGGAGUAUCUCCGACAAUCGAAUCCAAACCGGGAUCAAAAUGAAAUUUACGAAGAUUUCAUGAGCUUCUCGUUGACGUGGAAGAACGAGAAGAUGCAGAUCCUUUUGGAUAUUACUCGGGGUCUGGUGUACUUGCACCGAAAGCGUAUUAUCCACGGUGAUCUCAGAGCCAAAAACGUGUUGCUUUCGGCUGAUUUGGACGCCAAGCUGACUGGUUUUGGAGUUGUCGGCUACCGUAGUGAUAAUCAGCUGGAGAAGGCGCAGUCUACUCGGCCUAACACGCCAUUUUGGACAGCUCCGGAGGUAUUGGCGGGUGGGGCACCUUCACGAAAAGCUGACAUUUAUUCGCUUGGUGUUGUAAUAGCUGAGUUGGAUACGCAUCGAUCGCCGUUCUCUUCCGCUUUAACAGCUCGCGGCAGUCGAAUGCCACCACUGCAAGUGCUACAACACAUCGUGUCAGGUCACUUGAAGCCCAAUCUAUCGCCCACUUGCCCCAGUGAGAUCGCGGACUUAGCAGAAUGGUGUCUUCAGCGUGACCCGGACGCGCGUCCCAGCGCAAGUGAUGUCGUCCAAGCUGUUCGAAGUAUUCCUGGGUAUAACCUCGACGAAUUCAGCUUGUAG